CAAAAAUGGCUUUGAUAAAAGGAAAAAGGCCCGACGCGAGACUUGGGCAGCUCCACCAGUGUACCGAGCAACGAGAGCCAGCAUGUGCCGCAUUAAUGUAGAACCCAUGAAAGUUGAGGACACUUUCUUGCAUCCUGAGAUUCCACCAUGGGUAGAAAACAGUAAACAUGCAGAAAGCAUAUUCUCUGAUUCUUCAUCUUCUGUAAUGGAUUGUUCUACUUCAGAUGGGUUUGGAAAAGGAGAAACAAGUUUUGCUAUGGACUUGGCUGAGCAGUCAAAGCUGGGAAAGUUAGAUGCCAGUUUUGAUUCCCCUCGGCGUAUAAUUUCCAAACGUCGUAAAAGGGUCCAGUUUGAGUUAGGUCCUCCACUGUCUACAAGUUACUGUAAUGUUGAAUGUCAGACUGAAGAAAGUUUACUUUCUAACAUAAGCUUUUUUCCAUCAUUUCCACUGACACCAAAGAGUGGGCCAAAAUCAGCUGAAAAUUUGGGGUCCUCCAGCACUCCUGUUCAUAUUCUGAGAACAAGGAAUGAGGAGUUGCAACUAAAGUUAGAGAAGCAACAGGAAUGGUUAAUGGACUGGCAAAGAGAAAUAAAAGAGUUACGAGAAUUCCAGAAACAUGAAAUACAGCUUUUGCAGGAGAGCUUCUCAGCAAAAGUUCACGUGGAAUCAGUAGAUCAUGCCAUGCUGGAGGAACAGAGGAAAGAAAUAAUGUCUUUAAAACAUUCUCUUCGAGACUUGGAAGCCCUCUUACUGGAUGCCAACCGAACAGUGUCACAGAGAUCACAGGAGGUGUUAUUGUUGCAAGAACAGAUCGAUAACGUGAAUGCAGAAAAUUUACGCAGUAGUUCAUUUGAAAGUGAACUUCUGAAGCUGCGUGAUGAGCACAAACAACUGAAAAAAGCUACGGAGAAUAAGGACAGUAGACUAAAACAACUGGAGAAUGAGCGCCAUGAUUUUGACGUGAUGAUGGAAUUAGCACUAAAAAAGAAGGAACUGAAAGAGAGUGACCUAAGGAAAAGCUUAGAUGUAAGUUAAUCCUCCAUAGUAAUG